AUGACCAAUCUGUCAGAGAGAGCUCUUUUUGUCUUCUUUGCAGCACAGGUGUUUCCAAUAGUCUGGUCCCAGGUGUGCCCUCGGAGAUGUCAGUGCCCUAAGGAGCCCCCCAUGUGUCUCCCAGGGGUGCCUUUGAUCCUGGAUGACUGUGUCUGCUGCCUGGUGUGUGCCCGUCAGAAAGGGCAGGUCUGCUCUGAAAUGAACCCCUGUGACACACGGAAAGGGCUGCAGUGUGAAUACACCGUCGAUGUCCACAGGAGGACCGGUACCUGUGCCGCUCAUGAAGGAGAUGUGUGUGUUCUGGACGGUUCUGUCUAUCAGAAUGGCCAGACCUUCUUCCCCAGCUGUAAGUACCAGUGUAUGUGCCGCGAUGGACAGAUCGCCUGUGUGCCGCGCUGCACCGUGGACGUGAUGCUGCCUGGACCGGACUGCCCCAUGCCACGCAGGGUCCAGGUGCCUGGAGAGUGCUGCAAGAAGUGGGUGUGUGAACCCCAGGCUGAGUCCAGUGCACUGGGCGGCUUUGCCAUGGCGGCCUAUCGUCCGGAGGAAACAGUUAGCUUCAACGGUUGGGACCCCAGCCUUAACUGCAUCGAGCAGACCACAGAGUGGGGCGCCUGCUCUCAAACCUGCGACAUGGGAGUGUCCACCAGGGUCAGCAAUAAGAACCGGCGGUGCGAGAUGGUGAAGCAGAGCCGACUGUGUAUGAUCAGGCCCUGUGACAACCAGCAGGAACAGACGCAGCUGACACAACUUGCACACAAGAGAGGCAGUAAGUGUCAGAGGACGGUGAGGAGCGAUGCAGCCGUCCACUUUUCCUAUAAGAACUGCACCAGCGUCCAGGUCUACAAGCCUCGCUACUGUGGCUCCUGCACAAACGGCCGCUGCUGUACCCCCCACAGAACCAAGACCGCCCUGGUGGAGUUCCAGUGUGCCAAAGGUAAAACAACCAGGAGGCCGGUCAUGGUGAUCCUGACCUGUGCCUGUCACAGCCACUGUCCCCGAGACAACGCUGUGUGGCAGCCAUCGGAAAUGGGAUACAGCAGUUAUAGGUCAUUAAAUCACUCUUAAAAAGGGAGAAUAGCUUUCUAUUCAUAUUAAAACACGAGUUGCGUUAACUCUAAAUGUUAUAUUAAAACAAGUCUGUGAUAUAUCAACAGUGAAAAUAAGAUUAGAUCUGCU